AUGAACGGGCAACCAUCACCUGUCUUCGAGGAGAAGAAACCCUCCCUUCCCGUGGUUGGGAGCUCCAUCUCGGCCACCAAGGAUUCCCCGACCCUUCCCGAGUCCUCAUCCACAGACAUGGGUUUCUACAGCGGCCAGAGCGCGCUCCACGGCUCGCAGGAUUUCUACGCGGCGCAGCAGCAGUACUCAGCUCAGCACAUGAACCCGUACGCGUACCACCACUACAACUUGAACGGGAUGGGUCCCGGCGGUGCCUACCCGGUCGGCAAAGCAGAAUACCCGUACCCACAUGCAACAUACAGAGAGCACGGUGCAUUCAGCAGGGAGAUGCAGGCAACGCUGCAAGACAGUGUGAAAGAGGAACCAGACGUGGAGGUGCGGAUGGUCAAUGGGAAGCCCAAGAAGAUCCGCAAACCGCGGACCAUUUACUCCAGCUACCAGCUGGCAGUCCUGCAGAGGAGAUUCCAGUCGGCCCAGUACCUGGCUCUGCCAGAGCGGGCCGAGCUGGCUGCACAGCUGGGGCUCACACAGACACAGGUCAAAAUUUGGUUCCAGAACCGUCGCUCCAAGUUUAAGAAGCUCUACAAAAACGGAGAGUUUCCACUGGGGGAAAUUCCUCUCGAGCACAGCCCAGAUGCCAGCGACUCUAUGGCUUGCAACUCUCCUUCAUCCCCAGCUGUGUGGGAAAACAACAACAACAGCAACAGUAACACCACCACCACCAACAACAGCAGCAACAGCACUAAUGCAAACAGCAGCAGCAGCAUCAAGAAUAAUGCAAUGCUGGAUCCUACCAACAGGGGGCAGGGUCCAUAUCCGCCUCCAGUUGAUUCCUCGCCUGUCUACAUGGGGGAGUACACGCACCAGAACUGGUACCAGCAGCAGGGUGCGCAUUUAGGUCUGGCACAGUCGGGCCAGACGCACCACACACCAUCAGCAGCGCCGCCAGCCACACAGAGCAUGGGAGCCGUUUACUGA